AUGGAUAAGUGGAAAAAUAUAACCUUCUCAAAAGAGGAGGAGGAAGGUGUGGUGGUGGCGGAUGAUGAAGUAUGUGAAGAGGAAUCUUUUCAGAGAACUCUUGCCGGAAAAUUAUGGUUGGAAGGCAGCUUCAACGCUCGAGCCUUCAAAGCCACAAUGAUUAGUGCUUGGAAGUUGAGGAACCCUGUUGACAUCCAAGAUCUGAGCAAAAACCUAUUUCUGUUUAAGUUUUCGUCAAGGAGAGAUCUUGAAUUUGUUCUUAAGAAUGGCCCUUGGAGUUUUGAUCGUGCCUUACUGGUCCUAAACAGGGUUUCGGGAGAAGAGCAACCUUCUGAUUUGGACAUGCAUUUCGGAGUAUUCUGGGUCAGGAUUUAUGACUUGCCUUUGAUGCUCAGAUCUGAGGCCAUGGCUAGAAAGUUAGGCUCUCUGGUCGGGAAGUUUGAAGAGUUGGAUAUGCGAGACGCGUGCAGGAAUGGAAGAUUCAUGAGGCUAAAGGUGACUAUCGAUCUGAAGCUCCCAUUGAAAAGGGGAACAAUGGUUAAAUUCAAAGAAAAGAAUGUGCGGGUUCACUUCAAGUAUGAGAGGCUUCCUACGUUCUGUUUCGUUUGCGGGAGGAUAAGUCAUCAAUUGAAGGAUUGCGAAUCUUUGGAAGAUCUUACGGAAGAAGGUUUCGAAGAGUUGGAAGAACAGGAUUUAUCCUUUGGGCAAUGGCUGAGGGCCUCCCCCUUACCGAAAAUGCUCGAGGAGGUCAAAAAGAAGGAUUCUAGCUCAGGAACAUGUAGUAAAAGCUUGUUUAACGCAUCCUCUAGCCACAGCAAAUGUGAACCAAAAGAUAAAGAGGUAGAAGAUGAGAAUGAGGUCCAACAAUCCAAGCAAAAGGUUCUUAGUAAGGAGAUUAACCCAAAGCUUUCGGAUGAUAUUUCCAAAUCAGCUGACGUCGAAACUGUGGCUGAGUCAUUGGGAGAAGUGGUGUUGUCCAGUGCUACCCCUGAAGCAGGUAACAUCGCUAGGGGUGGAGUAAUGCCAAAACGAAAGUGGGUGAGGAAGAAGGGGGAGAGGCGAAACAAGGUUUCAUCUAAGAAGACCCUAGAGCACGAAAACUCUAAGAGACAGCUUGUAGAUGUGAUGAUUGUUGAUGGCUCUGUGGAAGAUUGCGGCAGUGGUGAGAAGAAGAGGAGGCAAGUGGCUGAAAGUGACCCAAAUUUGACCCCGUUACCAGAGGUGGUGUUGGAGGCCCAACACCGCCUAUCUCAAUGA